CUUGGCGCCGAUGACGACGGACGUCAGAGUUAUAUAAGUUUUAAAAUUUUUAAGUUUUAAGUUUUUUCUUGGCAAUGCCGAAGAGGAAGGACCCCGAUCAAGAGAGAAUUAGGCAGCUAGAGUGGGAGAACGACCUUUUACAACGGGAGUUGUAUCUGGCCAAAAGUAAAAUGAACGAGACAAACGCUUCCGAUUCCGAGGAGAGUCAAGCAGAUCUCACGCAAGAUCCGGACAUCGAGCCGCCGCCGCACAAGAAGACAAAGAAGGAUCUAGGCGAGUCUCCACCCGCUACUUCCGACACAACCGACGACACAGGGGACAAGGAGAAUGCGGGGGAUUCGGAGGACGAAGAGGAAAUCGCGUUUCUUGGGGAUAACCCAGCGACAGCGAAAGGCUCGGAGGUUAAGUUGUCACCCGGCCUCUGUCAGAGAUUGAAGCUGUGGAUGACGACAGGCCUGACUGAGGAGGAGAAAAAGACGUUGCUCGAUAGUAUUCCUAGAAAAGGAAAUUUCUCCUUUGAAGCACCUAUUCUAAAUGAGGAGGUUAUUAUAGGAAUGACAGAGAUCGCCAUUAAACGCGACGCAUUUUUCGUAAACCACCAAACGUUGGCGGGCUCAGCGUUGUCACAGGUGUCGGCAGUCCUUCAAGCCAUCUUCAAUGAUGACACACAGCCUGUACAACGCAACAUCUUGGAAAAGCUGUCCUCCAGCGUGAAACUGCUUGCGGAAUUGAUACGCACCUUGUCUGCCACGAGAAAAUCGUUCAUCACGCCCGGCUUCUAGAAAAAUAUGAGAUCGACCUUAGAAAAGGCCAUACCAGAGCAAUACCUGUUCGGUAAUAAGAUACAGGAGCUUGUGACAGGCACGGAGGCUUUGGUGAAGGUAUCAAAGCAAAUCAAAGCUCCGCCCGCAAAGAAGCCGUUACAGACAAACAAUUCUUUAAACUGGGCACGUGCUUCCGGGAAAAAAGAGGCGGGACGGACUGCACAGAGGAACAACCAACAACGGCAAACCGCCUCAAAGUCAUCAACUUUCAACAAGCCCCAUACGCAGAAUCGACGUUACAACCAGUCGCAGCCCAUGCAGCAGACUUCAAGGACAUCGUACAGGUCACGACGCUAAAUGUGGAGGUAAACGAUACGAGUGUAAAACUAGGUGCUAGAUUAAGAUUUUUUAGCGAUAAUUGGAAAAAAA